AUGGGAAGGGGACUGCUUGCUAAUUUGAUCGAAAUUCCAUCUGAUGCAUCUAUUCUUGAUGCUGUUCAAAUCUUAUCUAGAAACAAUAUCUUGGCUGCUCCUGUAAGAAAUGCAGAGGUGGCAAGCGAUACAUAUUGGAAGGGAAGAUAUCUUGGAAUCAUAGAUUAUUCUGCAGUUGUACUUUGGGUUUUGGAGAAUGCAGAACUAGCAGCUUUUGCUUUAUCUGCUGGGUCUGCAACUGCUGCUGCUCUUGGAGCUGGUGCUGUUGGUGGUCUAGGAGCGAUAGCUAUAGGUGCUACUGGUCCAGUUGCAAUUGCUGGGUUGACACUUGCUGCUUCUGGCGCUGCAUUGGCUGGUGGAAUAGCUGCAGAGAAGAGUGUUGGGAGAGAUGCUGCAACAGCUGCAGAUCACCUGGGGGAACAAUUCUACAGACUACUACGACAAGAAGAACCAUUCAAAUCGACAACGGUGAAAUCUGUCGUUGAGAUGUAUCGCUGGGCACCUUUCCUCCCUGUUGCAGUUGAUAGUCCCAUGCUCACCGUGCUGUUGUUGCUCUCAAAGUAUAGAUUGAGGAAUGUUCCGGUAAUUGAUUUAGAUAAGUUCCACAUCAAGAACUUCAUCACACAAUCAGCAGUUGUAAGAGGCCUCAAGCAAUGUAAGGGGAGGGAUUGGUUUGACUGCAUUGCUGCUCAUCCACUAUCAGAUCUUGGACUUCCUUUCAUGUCUUAUGAUGAGGUCAUUACCAUCCAAAGCGACGAGCUAAUCCUAGAGGCUUUCAAACGCAUGAAGGACAAAAGAAUUGGUGGUCUUCCGGUUGUUGAGGAUUCAAAUAGAAAAAUUAUUGGUAGUGUAAGCAUACAGGACAUCAGAUUUUUGUUGCUCAAUCCCGAGCUUUUCCGGAAUUUCAGGGAACUGACUGUAAUGAAUUUCAUCAAGGCAAUAGAGACAGCCAGUCCUAGUUCUGGGACACAGCUGCUUACGUGUGCUCUUGAUACUUGCCUUGGUAGUGUGAUAGACAGCUUGGCUUCAAGAAGUGUGCCCAGAAUUUAUGUCGUUAAUGGAGAUGAAGAAGUUGUGGGUGUAGUAACACUCAGGGAUGUUAUUUCUUGCUUCAUCUAUGAGCCUCCUGGGUAUUUUGAAGAGUAUUUUAGCUCAGCUAUCAAGGAUAUGGUGGCUUGAUAACUUUUUAGUUGGCAUUUAGACAAGCUCACCUGAUGAGAUCAACUGCAGCAAAUUUAAGGAACUGGGGAUGGGCUUGUGAUGCUUGGCCAUAACCUUUGAAUGCCAAUAUUUUGAUUUUAAGUUUAAUAAGCAUGAAGUUAUGCAAAAUUUUGCAGCGAAAACAAAUAA